AGACUAGGCGGCUGGUUGGUAGAUUCGUUUACGAGAGAGACAGACCGCAGGAAAAGAACCGAGGUGGAUUAAGAUAUGUGAAAACAUUUGGGUGUUUGCUUCUCAGGUUUUUAAAAAUGGAGAACUCAUCUAAAGAAGAUUACAAGAUCCAGUCGUUUGAUUUGGAGACUCAGAAACUGCUCAAAACUGCUUUGAAAGACCCAGGUUCAGUUGACCUGGAGAAAGUGUCCAAUGUAAUAGUGGAUCAGUCUUUGAAGGACCAGGUCUUCAGCAGGGAGGCCGGACGCAUCUGUUACACAAUUGUGCAAGCAGAAGUCAAACAGACUAAUGGGAGCAUAUUUCGGCGUAACCUGCUGAACCGCCUGCAGCAGGAGUUUAAAGCCAGAGAAGAGACGCGGAAGAGGUCCACUCAGGAGUGGGUUUGCCUCGUGUGCUUCAUCUGCAACAUCUUUGACUACCUCAAGGUGAACAACAUGCCCAUGAUGGCCCUGGUGCACCCCGUCUAUGACUGUUUGUUCAGACUGGCCCAAUCUGACGCCCUGAAGAAUGAAGAAGAGGUGGACUGUCUGGUGUUGCAGUUGCAUCGUAUUGGAGAUCAGCUGGAGAAGAUGAACAUGCAGCUGAUGGAUGAGCUGUUCAAUCUGCUGAGGGAUGGGUUUCUCCUGCAGGAGGACCUGAGCUCCAUGGGUCGCCUGCUUCUGCUGGAGAUCCUGGAGUUUCGCGCGGGAGGCUGGACUCUCAGCGACACGGCUCAGAAAUACUACUACAGCGAAGUGACGGACUGAGGCCUCCACCAAUCAGGAGAGAGAAACAAAGGAAGAAAUUGCAUUCGAAAUAGUGGAGGUUAUAUUUUUAUAAUUACCUUUGAUGAAGGCUGGGUGAUUCCCAAGUUUGAGGAUUGAAGACUGGUCAAAGUUAGAUGUAGUUCUGGGUUUUGGUGUUUUCACUUGGUUAGGGGCGUUUGUGGUCUUUUGAUGUUUUGAUGACCAUUUUUAAAGUCAACAUGAAUUCAAAAUUCAUCUUAAUUUUAUACACAUUCCUGCUUUUGUUAAUUAUCCACAUUAUUAAAAAAUUGUCUUCAGAACUUUUAUCAAACUUUUACUUUCACUUCUGAAAUGAUUGUUACCAAGGAUGUUUGUGGUUCAACCAAUGGCAGUGUUUCCCCAAUUACAAAAUCAUGCCCAUUUUUUACGUUCCUAACGCUUUCUCAUUUUUUUUUUUUUUUCUUCUUUUUUUCUUGUUGAAUAUCCUGCUUUUCUUGGAAGUGUCAAAUUACAAAAAUAUGGUGUGAUUUUUUUUUUUUUUUUUUUGAUUCAUGUUGACUUUAAAUCCUGAUGUGAGGGAGCCAGACAACACGGCCUGUCUGAAAACUGUAGUCCAUGUUGUAAUGUUACAGAGAUAUGUUAAUGUCCCAGCAUUCCCUACUAUUAAUAUGUGCAAUAACGCAGUUCAUUCAUAUUUAAGCAACACUCCUACUUCAAAUCCAGCUUCUGGAAAAAAAGGAGUUGUAGCCAAAGUGAUUUUUUUCUUUUGUUACAAAUAUGGUACCUUUAGUUUUGUGUCAAAGAUAAACACUAAGGGUUAUAAUCGUAACAUUUUUCUUCAUUGUAGGUGGUUUUAAUAUCAAUCUAUUUAAUUUUAGUAUUUUCUAAUAGAUUAUUACUAACAAAUUAUAUUUGCCUCAGUAGGAGGAAAAGCUAUUUUUAUUGUAUGGUGCAGGAUUACUUUAUAUAACUAUAUAUUUAUGUUCUAUAAUAGAUCUGAAUUUAAAUCAGUAAAAAAACAACAUUCAUAUAAUGCACCAAAAACAGUUUACAAGAGUCACAUUUAAAUACAAUGUUUCAUUUAAGGAUGAUAUUUUUAUACUAUGAAAAGAAGAUUGGAUGUAUGUCCAACAAAACUUAAACGGAUGCUGGAUAAAGGAAUAAAGCAUUGCAGUAAAUUUGUACAGUUGCAAUAAUAUUUUUAUUUUGCAUCAUUUUGAUCUGAUGAAGAUCCACUGGAUUGAAAUGUUAACAAAGUCAGGUGACAUGCCAAAAUUUUGUAUUUAAAAGUAUAAAAAUAAGCUCCUGUCUGGCUGUUUUUGGUCUGAUUGAUUCCUCAGGCUCUUGCAGAUUAGACAAUGACUUGUAUAGUUGUCUUGAUGCACUAAAACAUGGUUUAAAAUAAAGAAAUAAACAAUU